CCCCACCUCUGACCCUCCGGUUCCAAUCCGGACGCGAGGCGACGCGAGAGGAGAAGCGAAGAGGCGACGGCAUGCGGCUGGCGACGCGAGAGGCGACGGCGACGACGACCCGCUUCCCAUCCGACGUCCACGCUCUCCGCCGCCUUCUCGCCAGUAACGCAUCACCGUCGUCUUCCUUGUUCCUUUCUCUCCCCGGCGCUAGGGUUGUUGCUUGCUAGGGUUCUUGGCCACCGCCUCCUCCCCUGCCGCUGUAGCACGCCACCGCCGCCUCCUUGGUUUUUGCUUGCUAGGGUUCUUGUGCUGCUGCUGCUCUUCUUCCGCCCAAAUGAGGGCUUUCCAAGGGCUGGUGUUUGUUGGGGAUUCCGAUCCGCGUAGGGGGUGGGGAUGGGGGAAUCGUGAUGGGUUCUUGGAGAUUUGGUCUGUGGUUUAGGUUCUUGCAGUGUUGCGGGGGAUUCUUGGUGGAAGAGCCCUAGGUUCUUGGUUCUGUUUCUUGCCCUAGAUCUUGGCUGAAGGAUCGAUGUGUUGCAUAGCCAUGGAUCUGUCAACCAGCUUCCCUUUCAGUUUGUCUUCUUCUCGAAUGAACCAGGAAAUUAUGCUGAAAAAAAAACAUGUCACUGUAACUGGACUGGUGCUCCAUCUCUGUUUUUGUACUCACCCAAGCCAGGCUAAGUCAAGAUUGUUAUUAAAUUCAGUGUUGCAUAAGAAAAGAUCCUUUGAUAACCAGUUUUUGUCAGUUCUUGAUGGCAUUUCUGUUCAUUAUUCAGAUUUUGAUAACCACAUGUCCUCAUGGAUUAGCUGCUUUUUAGCUUGGAUACUUAAUUUUAGCCAGCACUGGCUGCCUCAACAAACUACUAUGCUAAUUAUAAACCUUUUCUAUUUCCAUCUUUCUGUUUAUGAUUCAUUAAAUCUUAGCCAUUUUCCAUCAGAUGCUUUGGUCCCUUCUCCCUUUCUCUGCAUAUAUCAUUGUAGAUUGUCCUUGUUCCGAUGGGGCCAUCCUCUUUCUCUGAGGAUCAUCAUGCAUGACAAUUUGCACCUCAUAACCAGAAUUUGCAGGAAGCUUCAGGCGUUUUCAACAGACAUGAAGGCCUGGCAUUACUGACAACUAUUGUUGAGGGUGGUGGAAACUGCAAUCCUGCUAGUGAUCCAUUAACAAACCAGCCCCUGUUAUCAGCAAACAUCAUUAACAAGCAUAUUUUUCUGCUUUAUUUGGAGAAGAAAGCUUUGCGCAUCGAUGCUGAAAUAUAAAUUGAACUGCAGUAGGAAGAUGAUUUUGUUGCCUCUUUUUUGGCUGCCUCAUUCUGGCAACUACAGUGCAGUAUCUUAACAUUUUUUUCAGCUAAAUUGCCUCUUAUGUAGUCUGUAAUAAAUGACAACAACAAAUAGGCUCAUAUUUUUCAAUUACAUCUAAGUCCUGGAAUAGGACCAUUUUCUUUCUAAGCUCUGGGUAGUUUAGGCUAAUUAAAAAACUCAAACAUGUGAAUAAAUGGAAAUUCUCUGUUCAUUACCAAAUUUUCUUUUGAAUUUACUUGAUAUUAUGUUGUAUUAGACUUCACAUAUCUACUUAUUAUAUAAGCCGACAAGUUUGGUUUUUUCGAAUCUGAAGAUAUCAAAUGUUGUGUCCACAUAGGAUAGCCCUUUUAUGAUGAUAACACAAAUGCAGAUCCCCCAAGUUUGUUUGAAUGCAUGCAAACAAACUUGUAAAAUGGAUAAUAAGUGUGAAGUUCAACAGCUCUAUUGUAUUUUUACUUGCUCUGUUUUUACUUGCAAGAGUUGUACUGCUUCUAUAUCACACUGUCUAAGUCUUAACCGCAAGAUUUCUUUGCUAUGGCUGCAGCGGAUAAUCAAUUGAUAUUCCCAAAUGCCGAUGGAUUGCUACCAGAGGGACCGGAGGAAGGCGAAGCCAGAUUGAUUAGUGAUAUAGUCCUGAAAAGAAUGUGCUUAAUCCUGAAAUAUAUUACUGUUCAUGCUUAACUAGAUAGAAAUAUGCAUGAUGUUCUGAAUUCUGAUGAAUGAUGACAGCAACUGAAUAUGGUGAAGAAUUGUCCUGAUGCUAUUCAGGGUGUUCCCUGUCUUUCUAUUUGGGAAUUUUGGUUAAUUAACUCCUGCAAUAUACUAUUACUGUUAGAAAUUA